GGCAUGCUGCUCCUCCGAAGAACUGGGCUCCUCCCGCUCUGCCUAGGCGCGCUUUUCCUCUCCGCCGGGCUGGCUUGCGGGCCGGGCCGGGGUUUCGGCAAGAGGAGGCACCCGAAGAAAUUGACCCCUUUAGCCUACAAGCAGUUCAUCCCCAACGUGGCCGAGAAGACGCUGGGCGCCAGCGGCAGAUACGAGGGCAAGAUCAGCCGGAACUCGGAGCGCUUUAAAGAGCUGACCCCCAAUUAUAAUCCGGACAUUAUUUUUAAGGACGAGGAGAACACGGGAGCCGACCGGCUGAUGACCCAGCGCUGCAAGGACAAGCUGAACGCGCUGGCCAUCUCCGUCAUGAACCAGUGGCCGGGCGUCAAGCUGCGCGUCACGGAGGGCUGGGACGAGGACGGCCACCACUCUGAGGAGUCGCUGCACUACGAGGGCCGCGCAGUGGACAUCACCACCUCGGAUCGAGACCGCAGCAAGUACGGCAUGCUGGCGCGCCUGGCCGUCGAGGCCGGCUUCGACUGGGUGUACUACGAGUCCAAGGCGCACAUCCAUUGCUCUGUCAAGGCCGAAAACUCGGUGGCUGCCAAAUCGGGUGGCUGCUUCCCUGGGUCCGCCUGGGUGAACUUGGAAGGAGGAGGCACCAAGCUGGUGAAAGACCUUCGCCCAGGUGAUCGAGUGCUGGCAGCAGAUGUGCACGGACAGCUGUUCUACAGCGAAUUCCUAGCCUUCCUGGACCGAGAGGACCCUCCUGUCCACAAACUCUUCUACGUGAUUGAGACCCAAACCCCCCAGACCCGCCUCUUGCUCACUGCUGCCCACCUGCUAUUCGUGGCCCCACCACACAAUCACUCCCAUUCCCAACCCCAGCCUAUCUUUGCCAGCCAUGUGCAGCCUGGACAACAUAUCUACGUGCUGGCCCAAGGGGGUCAGACACUGUUGCAAGCGGCAGUGCACAGCGUGUCCCUGAAGGAGGAGUCCUCGGGGGCUUAUGCCCCACUCACCGCUCAGGGCACCAUUCUCAUCAACCAGGUGCUGGCUUCCUGUUAUGCUGUCAUUGAGGAGCACAGCUGGGCUCACUGGGCGUUUGCGCCUUUCCGCAUUGCUCAUGCGGCCUUGGCUGUGUUGAAUCCAGAGGGUCUCUCCUCUCCUCUCCUCUUUCCAGCUGCUGUACCCGAAGAGGGUUCCUCAUUGGCUGGAGUCCACUGGUACUCCCGCCUCCUCUACUACAUUGGCCGCUGGAUUUUGGGUUCUGAGAUGAUGCACCCAUUGGGCAUGGCCAGCUGAGAGUGACAGCUGGCAAGUCCACUUAUACCCUUCUGAAGAUUAAAAUAGUACCAAUGGGGUGGGGU